AUGAAAAGAAUACAAGCCACACCAUUUCGAAAGUGGUGUUUUCUAAUAGGCAUUAAUAUAUUAACAUUAAUACUAUUAACAAUAUCGACCCAAAAUAUAUUUUUAGAUAUAGACGAAAAUACUUGUACUAUGACAUUUAUGCUACCAAAUUAUUAUUUAGUACCAACAAAUCAUUCAAUAUAUCAACUUUAUUAUUAUAGAGAAGGAAGAAACUAUGAUAAGCUUUCACCAUAUUCGACUUAUUCAAUAAACGAUAUAAAUAAAAAAUUUACAGGUAUUCCUGUAUUAUUUAUACCAGGUAACAGUGGUAGCUAUAAACAAAUUCGUUCAGUUGGAGCAGAGGCAUAUCACCAUAUUAGAGGAGGUUCAUCAAAUUCUUUUAACAUACAGAAUCCAAAUAAAAAAAGGAAAGUGCCACCAUCAGAUUAUUAUAACGAAUUAGAUAUAUUUACAUUAAAUUUUGAGGAAGAAUUAUCAGCUUUAGGUGGUGAUGUCAUGUAUUCAGAAACGGAAUAUGUUAAUGAUUGUAUUAGUUCAAUUUUAAAAUUGUAUCAAGAUAAUCAUGAAUUAAAAGAUAAACCAACUAGUGUCAUUUUAAUUGGUCAUAGUAUGGGAGGUGUUGUAGCAAGAAUGACAGUUCUAUUACCCAAUCAUGUUUAUGGUUCAGUUACAACAAUUAUUACAUUAAAUUCAUCACACAGAAAUGCACCAGUUUAUACACAUCCAUCAACUGAAGAGUUUUAUAUAGAGUUAAAUAAGCAUUGGAGUAAACAAAUUCAACCAAAACACUACAAAUAUAAUAAAAAAGGAGAAUUAACUCAUUUACCAUCAAUUUAUGAUGAUAUUAUAGUUGUUUCAAUUGCAGGUGGUCAUAGAGAUACAUUAAUUAGAUCAGAAUUAACAUCAUUGGAUGGAUUGGUUCACCCAGAAAGAUCAUUUUCAGUCAUUACAACUUCAGUACCAGAUGUUUUGUUUGAAACAGAUCAUCAAAGUAUUCUUUGGUGCAACGAAGUAGUUUCAUCAAUUGUAGAAAGUUUAUUAUUAUUAGCCUCUAAAGAAACCAAACAAAAUUCAUAUCCAGCCCACGAGCGUUUAUUAAUUGUUAAAAGUGUUUUACAUAGUCAUGUACCAGAGGUUUUAGGUAUUACCAAAUUCCAAGAUCAACCAGAGUUUUUAAAACAAAAUCAACUUCAAACUCGUUAUGAUAUUGAUACAUUAACCGAAAUUGCCAAAAAGAAAUCUUUUGAAUCAUACUCAAUGCUUGCAUUGGUUCACAAAUCUGGUUUGUCAUAUAAAUCAAAUCCAAGAGUUAGAAUAACAACUUUACAGUCAGAGCCCUCAUUAUUUUAUUUUCAUUUUAAAAUUUCUGAUUGGAUUGGAGAAUCAAAUUAUUUUUCAUUAAGCUCAAGUUUAGCACAGGGUGAUUUUUCAGCUAUAUUAUACUCAAAAGAUUUUGAAAAAGUUCAAGAUGUUACAUUUAAUUCAUUUUCAUACCCACCAUUACAUCCAUUAUCAAAAGGUAAAAGAGACGAAAAACCAAUGGUUGAACCACCAUCAACUCAAUUAAUUUUAACUCACGACGAUAUGAAAAACUAUCAUUCACUUUUAAUUGCUUUUCCAAAAUCUGUUAGGGCCAGUAGUUUUUUCGCAGUUGCUCAGUUUUAUAAUAGCGCAGCAUCUAAUAUUAUAAUUCCAUCAGUCUCAUUCUUUGGUGAACAUAAAUUUACUUUACCAAUAGGUCACCCAAUUAUAAUGAAUUUCACUUUACCCAAGUAUACAAAUAAAUUCCCAAUUAAAGCCACCCUUGCUACCAAAUAUUUAGAUUUUGAUAAUAUUACUCCACUUAAAGAAGAUGAUGUCGAUUCAUCAAAAUACUCAAAUCUUGUAAUCAAUAAUUUAAAGCCAUUAGAAUCAGAGUAUCCAUUCUCAAUGGAUUUUGGACCUAGCGUUGAGGAUUUCGAUAUCAGAUUGGCAUUCUCAAAAAGAAAAUUUGUUGAUAAAAGUGCGGUCAUACAAAACAAUUAUCCAUUCUUUCUCCCAAUGUCCUAUCAAUUUAUUCCACAACUAAUGGAGGAGGGAAAAUUUGUAACCAACUGUACUUUAACUAGAGUCAAGUUCCAUCAAUCAACAAAAGCUCAAUUAUCUCAUAAAUUUAAAAAAAUUGAAAAAUCAUCAACUACCCAUGUUAAAUUAUUAGACCCAAUUCAAGAUAAUGAAAAAAAUCAACAAAUAAUAUCAAAGCAAUAUAGUAAAGAGAUUGAACAAACUCAAGCAAUGGAUUUUUCUUCUUAUAAUCAACAAACAGCAACUCAAAAACUAUCUUCAGAAGUUAAAUUUAAAAACAAAUUAUUACAUAUUCAAGAUGAUCCAGAAGAAGGACAAGAUAUUUUAUCAUUCAGUAAUAAUAUUAAUAAUAAUAACAAUAAUAACAAUAAUAAUAAUGAUAACGACAAUGAUAAUAAUGUUGAUGUUGAUAGUAGCAGUAUUUAUACAAUUGAAGGUAAACAAGAAAUUGAUAUUAAUAACCCACAUUUAUUAAUGAUGUUAGAUCCAUUUUAUUCAUACGAAAUUACCAUCACCUAUGACUUAUUUGGAAGUAUCGGCACAUUAAUUUUCUCUUAUGCAAUUUCAAUUAUUCCAUGUUCAUUCGGUCUUUUCCUUUGGGUAUUUUCUGCUCAGUUAAAUAAUAUUAUAAGAAAUGACAAAUAUCCAAGUUUAUUAACAACUUUGAGAGAUCAAUCAAUUCGAUUAGUACCAUAUUUAGUAUAUUUACCAAUUGUAAUCUGUAUCAUUUUUUCAAUGUUUGGUAUCACAUUCCCUACUUUAUAUGGUCAAACUUUUCCAGAUCCAUUCAUCAACUCAUUUAUGGUCGAAAGAAUACCACCAUUUUGGUCAAUUCCAAUAUUAUUUAUUACAUCAGUUUGUAUUUUAACAAUUUUAAUUUUAGUUACAAAUCUUUUAUUCUCUUUUGGUGCGUCAUGUAAUAAAAUAACUUCAAAAUUUUCAAAUAUAUUAAAUACCAAUACGAAUAAUAGUAGCAUUAACAAUAACAAUAAUAAUAAUAAUAAUAAUAUUAAUAAUAAUAGUAUUAAUAAUAACAAUAAUAUUAACAAUAAUAUUAAUAAUAAUAAUAAUAAUAUUAAUAAUCUUUUACCAAUUACACCAAUUGGUAAUAAUUUAGAAAAUAAUAUUAAUAACGAUAGCUUAAACAUUGAUAAUAAUAUUAAUAUAAAUAUCGAUAAUUGUAUUGAUUCCAAUGUUAUCAUUGAUAAAAACGACAAUAAUAAUACCAAUAAUAGUGGUGUUAUCAAUAGCGAAUUUAAUAAUAGAAAUAAUAGUUUAUUAAAAACUAAUAAUAAUAACUUAAAUAAUAAUAAUCUAAAUAAUAACAAUAGUUUAACUAAUAAUAAUAUUAACAAUAUUAAUAACAACAACAAUUUAAAUAAUUUUAAUAAUGAACCAAUAGUAAUUAGUAACAGAUGUAUAACGAGUCCAACUACAUCAGGAUUAUAUUUAGGUAGUUCAUCAUCCUCAACACCAAAAUUAAAUAUUCGUAAUUUACAAUUUUCCUCUUCAAAAUGGGUAGUCAUUGGAGGUAUAAUGAUUAUUAUCCUCCAUUCAGCUUUAGGUUUAGUCGCAUUUUUAUUAUUUUUAUUAUUCUCUUCAAGUAAACAAUUAAACAAUAGUAAUAAUAAUAACAAUAGCAGUAAUAAUAACAAUAAUAAUAAUAAUGGCACCGUUAAUAAUACAACUUCUACAUCUUCAAUGUCACCAUUAUUAAUUUCAAGUAUGGCAAAUAGUGUAAUUAACAGUGGAGGCGGUGUAAAUAGUAUCAAUACUAUUAGCAAAAAGAAAGAAUUAUAUUACAGACAAAGCAUUUUUUUAAUGUAUAUCUUUUCUUCGUUUAUUAUGGCACCAAACCUUAUUGUAUGGAUCAAACAUUUAUCCUUUGAAUGGAAAAUUCUAGAUUCUUAUGAAUUAUUUAUAAUUUUAGCAAUUACCCAUAUUUUCUUAUCAACAAUCGAAUUAAAUUUAAAUAAUCUUAUUAUUUUAAGAUUUAUUCUUAUCAUCAUAUCGAUUUUGGUUCCAAUUUAUUGUAUUCUCUUUGUUUAUAGAAUGCUUUAUUUCAAUUUAAUAUUAUCAUUUGUUUUCAUCGUAUGUCAUAUUUGGAGUAGAUUAAAAGAAAAAAUUGUUUAA